AAAUGGGAAGUUGUUUAGGUAAAGAAUAGGUGAUGACAUUUACUGCAACAUGCAGUACUGAAUUCUCCCAAUACGCGUCAAGCAGAAACAAGUUGUUAGACAACCAAAUAAUAGAUUAUCUGUGUUUGCAUAUAUGAAUUUCUAGUAAUGAACACGUUGAAAGAGUCUACUGACGCGGAACGCGAUCAUAUUGAUAACGAUUUUGGAAUAAAAAACUUGAAUCCAUCGAAUACCGCCGAUGGACAAAAUACGUCUGUCAGGACUGACCAUUCAUUAGGCACAGCUCAACAUAAUCAGAAUAUCAUUCCUGAAGGGUCUUUCGACGUCGUCUCUAACAACAACAGAAAACGACAGUUUGAUGAUUACCAAAAGGAGCAAGCAAUUGCCCACAAUAACUCUUCCUCAAUGCCUUCUCACUCUGGCAGUGUGGAAACAGACGAAGGUCUUGCCGCUAUGACUUCUUCAAAUAGUCGACCUUUAGAUGUCAAUGACGCUCUUUCUUAUCUCGAAUUGGUAAAGUAUUAUUUUUCAGAAAAACGAGAGGUAUACAAUAAAUUUUUGGAAAUUAUGCGCGAUUUUAAGUCUCAAAGUUUGGAUACUUUAGGUGUAAUCGAUCGAGUUGCGACUUUAUUUAAUGGGUAUCCUCAACUUAUCGAAGGGUUUAAUACCUUUCUUCCGUCUGGUUAUAAAAUAGAAGUUCAUACGGAUUCAUCCAACACCAGUAUCGUUCGAAUCGGCACUCCCAUGCACCCACUGACCUCAAACACAAAUGUUCCCUUCAACGUUACAACUUCCGGUCAAUAUGUUGAAAUACAACAACCUGCCACCUCCGAAAUCCAGCACGAAAGACAGUCUCCAGCUUCUGGCGAUAAUGCUUCUGCAUUACCUUCAAAGCCCCAUGUAGAUUUUAACUAUGCUAUUGCUUACAUGAAUAAAGUCAAGGAAAGGUAUCCCCCUAAUUCUGAGACAUAUAUGGAGUUUUUAGGUGUUUUACGGACGUAUCAAAAAGCUGAAAAAUCCAUCCAUGAAGUGCGAGCUCGUGUAUCCGAAAUUUUCUCGGACUCGCCGGACCUAUUAGAUGAAUUCAAGCUAUUUUUACCGGAUAGCUCUGAUUCGAAGGAAACACACCAAAAUGAAAGUGCUCCAGCUCCUAAUACAUUACCUCCUGUUGGGAAUUUUACUUUACCUUCGGCUGCUCAGGCGCGAGAACGACGAUUACGUCCAGCACAUUCAGCACAGAUAGGAAGAUCUAUUUCAAAAACUUCAAAAAACAUUCGUCAACAUCCUGACGAGUUACCAACUACUUAUGCUAUUCCUAGCUAUCAACAGAAAACGAGUCCCGUUUCUCAUUAUGCCGCUACGCAAGAGGAAUUGCUGGUAUUCAGUUCAAUAAGGCAGCAUCUAUCUGAUAACUUUUCAUUUCAUAAGUUUAUGGAAUUACUACACCUUUAUAGAGAAAAAUUGAUGGAUAAAACAGACUUAUUAAACUCAUUUUCUAGGCUUGUCAAAAAUGACAAUUUAACAUUGUGGUUUGCAGGCUUCAUUGGAUGGAAUGAUAGCCCGAUAUUAGUGAAAAACAUUCCUGUUGACGAGUCUCGGUACAUUAACGAAACUUACGAAUCUGUUGGUUAUUCAUAUCGUAGAAUCCCUCAAGAAAGAAAAAAUGAAAUAUGCUCCAGUCGUGACGCGCUCUGCAAUUCAGUUCUUAAUGACGAGUAUAUUUUGGUUGCUCCUAAAUUGGCUGGUAUAAAAAAUGUUAAGCAUUCGGAAAACCAGUAUUUGCAAGCUCUGCAAUUAGUAGAAGACGAACGUUAUGAAUAUGACCGAAUCCUUUCAGUUAACCAGAGAACUAUAAAGUUAUUGGCAGAGUUAUGCGAAGCUGUUAACGAUGAAACACCUACGAAGUCUUUAAACAAAGUUUUAGAACAGAAAGCCUUAAUACACUCGGCUUUCCAUACUGUAUAUGGAAAAGAACACUCGUUGAGAGCUUUCGACGCUCUUGUUAAAAGGCCCUCAAAAGCAGCUCCUGUUUUACUAAAGCGUCUCAAAUUAAAAGAUCAAGAAUGGCGCCGUUGUAAAAGAGAGUGGAAUAAAAUUUGGCGUCAAAUUGAGCUUCGAAACUCUUCAUUAGCAUUGGAUGAACGUUGUUGUAAAAUAGAGGGCAAAGAUCGAAGGGCACUUUCUUACAAUAGGAUUUUACACGAAAUCAAUGAUAUUUAUCAACGUCAAAAGCAUAGCAUUGGUCAUGCUACACAGGGGUUCCAAUUUAGCCAGGUCCUGGGCGACCGGCAAAUUUUUUUGAAUAUCUUAAGGCUAAGUGAUGCUCAACUUUCGAACUCUUCCUUUUAUUCUUAUGCGGAUAAAGGGAGGAUAAGUGCUGUUCUUAAAGCUUUAUUAUCACAAUUUUUUGGAAUCCCACUUCCCAGAGAAACUUUGGAAAGUGAUCUUUCUUCUGAAAACAUUGAAUCUGUGCAAAAACAUCGUGAUGGAUUGAGCAAAAUCUUCGUACAUCCAGAGAGUGUCGAUAACAGCAAUACAACUCAAAUGAGCAUUCAGACUGAUGAUACACAGACAGAAGAUGACACCAUGAGCGAUAUAAAUCCGGUAGAUUCUGAUACUCAGACUAAGAUGAAGUUGCAAGGAGAAGAAUCAAAAAAUACAAUUGGAUAUAACUUUUUUGGGAAUGCGACCAUGUAUGUGCUGUUUAGAUUGAUUUGCGUUUCUUAUUCUCGACUUGAACAAAUAAAAAAGUAUAUUGAUGCUUCUGAUACAGCAGAGUCUAUUAAUUACGAUAGUGUACUGGAAACAUGCGAGAAGUAUUUGAAAGGUGCUCUUUCUGGAAACGAGUUUCACGAAUAUCUUCAAAAACUAAAUAAUGAUGCUUGUUAUAUGAUCAGUUCUAUAGAGCGAUUGUUAAAAGUGGUAUUCUACCGCGUUCAUGAAAUAUUAUUAGAUCCUAAACUCGGCCAACUUCUCCUUUUAUUCGAAUCCGACGGAGCCCAUUCAGUCACUACCGCUCGAGAACAGAUGAUUUAUAGAAAUCAUGUUGAAACCAUUUUGGCACCCGACACGAAGAUUUUCAACAUGAGAUGGUAUCCUUUAGAAAAAAAGCUAUGCAUUCAACAACUAUUUUCCGCUGACCUCACAAUCCAUAAGUUUGAUGAUCCGGCUAAGGCAUUUAUGUAUUAUGUGGAUAGCUAUGCAAUAUCCCAUAUUACAGAAGGUAUUGACUUGAUGCAGGUAAGAAUGCCUUUUUUGAAAAGGUCACUGCAAUUAAUAUCUCAGAAGGGAUAUCUCGCUGGCCGAGAGUCUAGUAGUUUGCAUUCGCUUUUUAAUGAGCGAUUUUGCAAAUCGAAUUUACAAUUAUUUUUUUCAACAGAUACUUAUAUGAUAUUUUUCGAGUCUAAUACAGAGAAUGUUUAUAUCAACUCAUAUAAUUUAUGGGUUGGUCAAAGCUCAAAACGCCGCAACCAAAAGAGAGUUGAACGCUGGAAAAAAUGGCUUGGACACCAGCUUUCAGAAAAUACAAGUCAAGAGUUACAGUCUGCUACUUCUUUGGAUCAGGUUCUUCUUUCUCCGUCAUCAUAAUGUACAAUAAAAUGUUAUAUCAGAAUGGAAACAAAUAAAUUUGCAUGUUUAUUUUGAAUGAUGAUUUUCUGAAAGAAUGCUAGCAACGUAAAUAGAGCAGAAGUACAAAUCGUUCUUUCUCUAUGACCGUGAAAGGAGGUUGUGAUAUAUCUUCAGAAGCAGGUUGAAUAUUACUAGGCUCAGUAGCUGCUAUUAUGAAUUCUAAACAAUUCAUACCCGGUCCUAAUCUUACAUCGAAAGCAUAAUUAACUGAAUCAAUGUUACAGUACGUUGGGCCGGCCAGCUGUAACAAUUGGGGAGGAGCGGCAACAGGUUGACCAAGUAGUUUACCGUUAUGAAGUACCGAGAUAUUAUAGUUUUUUAUAGACAUAAUAGGAUUGAUAUUUGUAAUAACAUUCAUAAUAGCAUGCUGUUGUGCCACAUUUACAACAGAUAUUUCUGAUGCAUUAGAAGAUGGACAAGGAAUGUAACCACAAAAAGGA